AAGCCGUCAGAGGACGCCAUGUUUAUAGUGUAGGUGGUGUAGUACAAGGAUACGUGUUAUUCAUUAUUUUCGACUAAAAAAAAGAAAAAAUAAGAAACCGUUACGUUAUUUAUUUACCUCUUUAAGGAUAGUAGAAGAAGUCUUGGGUGUUAACAGGGUGGCUUGAAGUGAACAGUGUGAUAUCACGAAAAAAAUUCGAAUAUUUUCUUUUAUUCGCGCAUUCGAAUGCAUGUCCGACGCGAACGAUCUACGAACUGCGGACAUCGUUCUUUAUGAAUUCUUGUUGCUUCCUUUUAAUUUGUUUACAACUUCUUCACAUUGGUUCGUGAUUAAGCGACAUCCUAAGAACCUGCGUUUUACGCUAGGAGUACAAUUACCUUUUCAGGAAUUGGCUGAGAUCAUUUAUAGGGGCCCUAUGCUUCCUUAAUGCAGGCAUUUCGGGUUUUUAUAACCUGACAACGCGAUCAAAAAGUUCGCUUUUUAUCUUCAACAUGUCUUUGUAUCUUUGACAGAACAAUAAGCGGUAAGAAUCAGGAACUCGCUGAUUCUUUUUAUCUCAUAAACCUUACAAGAAGUAAUACAUCCAAAAUGUGGCCAACCCAACCAGUUCAAUCUAAUACCAACAGUAUGUCCAGUGAAAAGAAUCUUCGUACACUAGGAAUGACAUCGGCUAUUAGUGUAGCUGAACCGAAACCUAGUGAUCUUAUCCGAACAAAUGAAUUGAAAGAAGCAUUAAAACCAUAUAACGUCUUUGAAUCUGAAGAAGAAUUAAAUCAUAGAAUGGAAAUAUUAAGCAAAUUAAAUGCUUUGGUAAAGCAAUGGAUUCGAAAUGAAAGUAUUGCUAGAAAUAUGCCACCUAAUGUUGCAGAUCAAGUUGGCGGAAAAAUAUACACUUUUGGUUCAUAUAGGUUAGGUGUUCAUCACAAAGGUGCUGAUAUUGAUGCCUUAUGUGUUGUCCCAAGGCACAUAAAUAGGUCCGAUUAUUUUUCAUCCUUUUUUGAUUUAUUGAAAAUGCAAGAAGAGGUCACAGAUUUAAGGGCUGUAGAAGAAGCAUUUGUACCCGUUAUAAAAAUGAAUUUUGAUGGCAUUGAAAUUGACAUGUUAUUCGCAAAGUUAGCAUUAAAAGAAAUCCCAGACACUAUGGAUCUCAGGGAUGAUAUGUUAUUAAAAAACCUUGAUCCGAAAUGCGUGAGAAGUUUAAAUGGAUGUAGAGUGACAGAUGAAAUCUUACGUUUAGUACCUAAUAUAGAAAAUUUCAGAUUGGCACUUAGAGCUAUAAAAUUAUGGGCUAAAAGACACGGAAUAUAUAGUAAUGUAUUAGGAUAUCUUGGUGGUGUGUCUUGGGCAAUGCUAGUUGCUCGUACGUGUCAACUUUAUCCUAAUGCUGUAGCUGCAACUUUAAUAGAAAAGUUUUUUCUUGUAUUCUCUCAAUGGAAGUGGCCACAACCUGUCCUCUUAAAACAACCCGAUACUGUUAAUUUAGGCUUUACUGUAUGGGAUCCAAGAGUACAUAUGUCUGAUAGAUAUCAUUUAAUGCCCAUAAUUACUCCGGCGUACCCACAACAAAAUUCAACAUUCAAUGUCUCCGCGUCAACCAGGACUAUCAUGCAAGAAGCCUUUGAAACUGGUUUAUCUAUAACGGAAGAAAUUAUUAUGGGAAAAGCGACUUGGGACAAAUUGUUUGAACCUCCAAAUUUUUUCUAUAAAUACAAACACUAUAUUGUAUUGUUGGCAAGAAGUUUAACACCAGAAGAUCAACUUGAAUGGUCUGGACUGGUCGAAUCCAAAAUACGUCAUCUAAUAGGAACAUUGGAAAGAAAUCCCCACAUUACUCUGGCACAUGUUAAUCCUGAAGCUUUCCCACCGUUGGAACCAGAGCCAGAGAGACAAUGUUCAAUGUGGUUCAUCGGUUUGCUCUUCGCGAGGAGUGAACAUUUAAAUGUUGACCUGACACUUGACAUAAAAUCAUUCGUAGAGGCAAUCGAAAGGCAAGCUGAAUUAAUAAAAAUGCUGAAGGAAGGCAUGUGGAUAGAAGCGAAGCAUGUCAAAAGGAGAGACUUGAACACAUACGUCUCUCCUUCAUUAUUAAAGAGAGAAAGAAAGGUGUCCGGUGGUGUUCACCGAAAUGGAAACAUCGCGGGCAACGGAAACAAUGGUGGCGUUUCCCCAAGAAACCAAGGAGAUCAGGUCACCAGUAGAAAGAGACCAUCGGAUCAAAGUCUCGAAACGUUUUCAAAAAAACGAAAAGUUAAUGAAAACGACCAACAAGUAACUCAGGGGGAAGACGGGUCGUUAGUGGUUCAAUCAUGCGGAGACGAUAGCAACUCUGGGUUUAGCUUGGAAGAAUACAAACAGACUCUAACAACUGCUAAGGACGUAAGACAUUGUACAUAUAAUGAACAAUAGACAUCAUAAAACAGGAUUAGGAAGGGCCUAUUAACGCAUCUACAGUGGCGCAAGAAGGAUAUGUAUGUACUUGACCACUAAAAAGUUACUACCUCACACCGAUCCACAGAUGUUCUUCUGGGCCAUCUAGACUGUAAGCACUUUUCACGCAAAACCAUCCACUGUUCACAAUAAGUGUCCCACGUUACAUAAAGCAAAGCAACAUUAUACAUUGAAGAAAGAAAAAACAGAAAGAAAUAAAGAAAGACAGACAGACCAGACAUACAACCAGGAUUAGCUACCCGUUGGAAUCGAUCGAUAAGCGAUUAUAUGUGAAAAACGCGCUAUAAUCUUAGUGUUUAUAGAAUUAUCGUCACGAGUCAAUGGGAGCAAUUAGGAACGAAAAAAGCCCGUACGAUUAUGCCAGUGUCAGUGUUUUCACUCGAUCGCUAAACAUAACGAUUUUGAUUUAAUGACUAAGUGAAAAUUUUAUCGCUGCCCUUCGGACUAAUAUUUUUAUUUUUUUAUUCCAUUUUGUACAUAUCUCUUAAGGUAUAUCUCUUGGCCGCAUAAAAAAGACAGUUCAAAGUCUAAGGAAAUGCAUUAAAGUAGAAGAAAAAUAGCAAUAUUACUUAUGCAAAGAGAAGUAUAUUCUUGUACACAAUACAUUUCUUUAGCUCAUAGAUUUAUAAGUACUCGUCUUUUUUCUGCUAUUUCUUAAAACGUGCCAAGCUUAUAAUUUAGCUUAAAAAAAAAAAAAAAAAAAAAAAAAAGAAAUAGAUAAAGAAAUAAAAGAAAUAAAUAAGAAAAAAAAAGCAAAAAAUAAAAAGAAAAAAUAUCUCUUGUAAAUAGUCAAAUAACGUCCUAUGAAAAGAAAAUUUAUAUUUCUAAAGUUGACAUUACAAAUAAUGUCUUAGCUUUCCUUUGUUGUUGUAACAAAGCUAUAACAUUAUUCGUGUCGCGUUUCAACUUUAGAAAUAUAAUGACACGAUGUUCUUUUCUUAAUUUAGUAUAAUUUGUAUAGAUAUUGCAGUGUAAGUUAAGAUCAAAUAUUAUUUUAUGUAAGCGCAGGUUUUUCCCCCCUUUUGUGUUUCUUUAUUUUCUAUGUAAUAUGGUCUCUACGAUGAAAUCGUCAUGCUGUGAUCAGAAAUCAUUGGCAUUGGCAUAAUACAUCCAUGUUUCAUUUACAGGAACUAUAAGUAUAAUAUUAUGUGAGCGAACUUCGUACGGUUCUGUAAAUGAAACAUCUUAAGUAGACCAUUGACUAUUUUGCUAAAUAUUCUGUUGCGCAAAUAAAUUUCAUAUAAAAUC